CGUUGCACCGGCUUCUCUCUUGUCUAAGCUAUUUGUUCUUAUCUAUCCAUCAAAAAAAUAAAUAGUGUACCGUGACUCGAAGGUCAGCAGAGCCGUUUACCCAUUGUUUGCGCGCUCUUUACGCGCGGCUGAUAUGCCAGGACCGGUGGAGAUGUGUUUCCUGGAUUCACCUCAUUGAUGGCCGUGAGCUUCUAUCACAGGCCCCAAUCUAUGAUUACUGAAGCUUUAGUUCCUCUUAUGACAAUGGGACGGUGAGCUGUAGUUACGCAUCACGGGUGUUUGUUUUUUCAGCGACAAGGUCAAGACUGUGACUUGAAAAAUGAAGAUCUGGAGCACGGAACAUGUUUUCAGUUACCCUUGGGAGACGGUGAUUAAGGCUGCCAUGAGGAAAUACCCGAACCCCAUGAACCCCAAUGUGGUCGGGGUGGACGUGUUGGACCGGAGUCUGGACGCAGAGGGACGCCUUCACAGCCACAGACUCCUCAGCACAGAGUGGGGCUUGCCGGGUAUCGUACGAGCGAUACUGGGAACCAACCAUACGCAGACCUACGUAAAGGAGCAUUCCAUAGUCGACCCAGAGGAGAAAAAGAUGGAGUUGUGCUCAACAAAUAUUACACUCACCAACCUCAUAUCAGUGGAUGAGAGGCUUCUUUACAGACCACACCCUGACAACCCUGAGGUCACUGUUCUGACCCAGGAAGCUAUCAUCACAGUCAAGGGAGUCAGUCUAAGCAGCUACCUGGAGGGGAUGAUGGCCAGGAGAAUGUCAGCUAACGCCAGAAAGGGUUGGGAUGCUAUAGAGUGGAUUAUUCAGAACUCUGAAAGAGAGAACGUACCUCUCUGUGAUAUGUACUAAUGCUGGACUCCCAAGUCUGCAGUUAUGACUUCUUACCUUGGCUCACAUCUCAUACACAACCGGGGAUCCUCAGCAUCUCCAGAUUCUC